AUGGUAUACAAGGUGUACAUGCAUGUGUAUACAGGGAGUACAUGGGUAUACGGGGUGUACAUGGGUAUAGGGUGCACAUGGGUAUACAAGGUGCACAUUGGUGUACAGAGUGUACAUGGGUGUACAGGUGGUCCCGAUGGCAUCCCGAACUGGGUUCUUAAAGAAUUCGCUUUUGUUCUUGCUCCUCCUGUCUGUGAGAUAAUCAACACGUCGUUUUUCAAUAACGCUUUACUUGGAAUAUGGAAAUGUGCAGAUGUCACUCCUUUUCCAAAGGUUAAAAGAAUCGAAGACCUCACUAAAGUCUUGAGACCAAUUUCUUUAACACCAACGCUAGUGCAAGAACAUCUUAAACCUGCCAUCCUUGAGAAGCUGGGCUCAGAUAAAUAUGGCUGCAUUCCGAAAACUUCUACUACACACGCCUUAAUAAAUAUGUUACAUAGCUGGUCUGAAGCUACCGAUGGCACUAGCUCAGAUGUUCGGAGACACAGAUUUUGCAUAUCAAUGGAGAUUGCAAUAUCAGAGAGUGAACUUGCUUCAGAUUGUUUCUCAGAGUGGAAGUCUACCCCUGCCGGAGUUCCUCAAGGGACCAAACUUGGUCCCUGGCUAUUUAUAGUAAUGAUUGACGACCUAAAAUCUCAGUCUGCUCAAGGUUUGUUCAAGUACGUCGAUGAUACCACAUCCACGAAGUUGUUGGAAAAGGACAAUCUAGUUCAGCUCAACUAUUGA